GGCGUUUGUAGUGAUGCCGGACUGGGUGGGCUGACGGAGAGAGGCGUAGAAAGGGGCACGAGACCUUCGGUAUGUUUGAUAUAACGCUGGUUAUCCGAGAGGAAGCCGCACAAUUUUUGUUUUCCAGUGAAAAAUAACGGGUGGACAUGGCCCAAGAAACGAACCAGACCCAAGUGCCUAUGCUGUGUGCUACUGGGUGUGGGUUUUAUGGGAACCCUCGCACGAACGGGAUGUGCUCCGUCUGCUACAAAGACUUCUUACAGAGACAGAACAACAGUGGCAGAUUAACUCCACCAGCAGUCGGGGUCAGCAGUGAUGGAGACUGUUUGCCCACACAGCGUUCUGAGAGCGGUGAUCCACACUCAACCCCAGCGCUCCCUAGGACGGACACCCCAGCGGAGCAGAACAGCCUUGUGUCCGGCCUGACUCUGUCAUCACAAGCCUGCCUAACGUGUUUGGAAGAGCGUGAGCCAGCGGUGGACAAAGGACACACAACAGAAGAAUUGAAGGCCGUGGAAACGGCUGACCCAGACCAGGGCUCUGCAGAGGGACGGGACGGAACCCCGGAGAACCUGAAGCAAAAACGAAGUCGCUGUUUCAUGUGCCGUAAGAAAGUGGGACUCACAGGUUUCGACUGUAGGUGCGGAAACGUGUUCUGCGGUACCCAUCGAUACUCCGAUGUUCACAGGUGCACCUUUGACUACAAAGCAGACGCCGCCGAGAAGAUUAGGAAAGAAAACCCUGUAGUUGUUGGGGAGAAGAUCCAGAAGAUAUGAAAGCCCUUCGCUGGAUUUUGAUAAAGCCAGUUUAGAUAUACUUUUCCAUUUUUCUUUCUUUCCUGAAAUCAUUCCCAAUUUGUUCUACAUAAUUAAAUUAUGCAUGGCACCUACAAUGCGCCGUUGAAACUGUAAUUUUAUUAAGUUGCGAUUAUUCGAUUUCAUUUUCUUCUACAUGUGCUUUGUGAAAUCAAAACAUUUAUGAAUACAGUUUAAUGCCGGUGUCUUCGAAUCAUUUAGGGUUAUGUUUGUGAUUAGGGUGGACGCCUGCAGUGCAUCGUGUGAAAUGCAUGUCAUAUGUCAAUUACCAGUCACUUUCUUCUUUUGUACUGUAAAUAGUUUCUACCAAUAACCGAAUGCGUGAUGGGGCAGAUGUGCAAGUGUGUUUUUUCAUUAACGGCUAAAAAGCGGUUUGCGUACGUUGCAACAUUUUAUUUCCUAUUGCUGUAGGGGUGUGUGUGUGUGUGUGUUUCCUUCGAGUGGUAGUUAUAUGUGUGCGUUUCCUUGCAGAUUUUAAAUGAAAGCGUGAGUAUACUUGAUUUCAAAGAGUCCAAAUGAAGUAUGAACUCACAGCACUUUUGUUAGUUUGUUCAGUUUUAACUUUUAUUCUAAUAAAGUUUAAUUAAAUUUUACACGUUUGGUUAAACAA